AUGAGAGCAAAAGAUGUGGCAGAGAUGAGAGCAAGGUUGAAGCGAGAUGAGAGCAAAGAUAAGCAAGAAGGCAAGAUGAAGCAAGAUGAGAGCAAGAUGAAGCAAGAUGAGAGCAAGAUGAGCGAGAUGGAGCAAAGCAAGGUGCAAGAGCGAAUGAAGAUGAAGCAAGAUGAAGCGCGAGAUGAGAGCAAUCGAAGCAAGAUGAAGCGAGAGGAAGCAGAGAAGCGAGAGGAAGCAGAUGGCGAGAUGACAGCAAGAGAACAGAUGAGAGCGAGAGAAAGCAAGACGAGAGCAGGAAUCAGAGAAGACUGA